AUGUCUAUGAUGUCACAGCAGCAGAGGCCUGGGCUGGGCUGGCGGGCCUGGGUGCACCGUCCAGUGAAGGCCCGUGAGGCCCUGGAUGUGGAGCGUGUGCACCUGCUGCGAGGGGCCGACGUCAGAGCCUGCGGUUUGGGAGGCGAGCAACAGGCCCGAGGCGAGGCCGGCGCUCGCAGCCGCAGCCGCAGCCGGCGCCCGCCAUGGCCCUGGUCCUGCCACUGCUGCCGCUGCUGCUGUGGCGGGUUCAAGGGGACCCGCUGGGGAACUCGCAUUACCGAGGCAAGUCUGAGGCCGGGCGGGGCGGCCGCGGGGCAGGGUGUGGGGAGACCCCGGACGGCGGGAGGGGGCUCUCCUCCCCGUGGGCCUGCCCUCACCGCCGCCCCCUCCUCCCCAGUUUCCUUGGACGGCCGUCCAGGGGAGCGGGUGAAUCUCUCCUGCGCAGGGGUCUCCCAGCCAGUCCGCUGGGUCUGGGCGCCGAGCUUCCCGGCCUGCAGGGGCCUGCCCAAAGGCCGCCACCGCAUCCUGUCCGUCUCCGCCAGCGGGACCCCCACCGACUCUCCCGCCUCGCCCUUCGCCGGCCGCCUGCGCGCCCUGGACCACCUGGGGAUCCGGCGGCUGGAGCUGCUUCUGAGCGCGGGGGACUCGGGCACCUUCAUCUGCAGGGGCCGCCGCGAGGAGGAGAGCCACACGGUGCUCCGCGUGCUGGGCGAUGCGGCCGGCUGCGGGGGCUCCGGGCCCCGCCAGGGGUCUGUGUACCCCCUGCUCCUGACCCCCCUGCUGGGCGCCGCGCUGGUGCUGGCGCUGGGCGCGCUGGGCGCGGUCUGGUGGCGGCACAGGCGCCCACCCCCACGCCCGCCGCGGCCGCGCCCCAGACCUGUCCCCCGAGUGACAGCCGAGCCCCAGAGACCAGCAAAGGCCGAGGAGCCCAAGGCUGCGGGGGACCUGGACCAGGAGUCGAGCCUGCUCUAUGCGGACCUGGAUCGCGCGGCCCUCAGACGGCCCUGCCAGCUGUCCCCAGUGGCCCCUGCUGACUCCUCCACCAUCUACGCGGUUGUCGUCUGAAGGAAAGCCCUUCCUCCUGACGUCACAAGCUGGGGCUCCCAGCUCCCCAGGACUACCCUCUCCGUCUUCACUCCCCGGAAAUGAAGGCACCACAGCACAGAAUGAGCACUGGGCUGGGAGUCAGGAGACCUGGCUCCGGGCUGCCUCUGCCACUGAGCUCUCCUUCAGCUGCCCCAGCACCUGGAACCUCCAUGUCUCCUUCGCCACCGGCCCCCCUAAAGCUCACCGAGGCGU